GAGGAUGGCGACAAAGAAACGCAAGCCUCUAGCAGUCUAAGGCGGGCGUCGCCAUCGGCAAACCGAGGCCACAGGAUUAGCAGCCCUCUCCGAAAUCCCUCUCGUGCUGCUGCAUCUCCUCCCCCUCAUCUUCUUCUUCUCCAGCGUCCAGUUAGGCCAUGGCGUCCACCGUCUCCUUCUCCCCUACCAACGUGCAGAUGCUCCAGGGUAGGAGCGGCCACGGUCACUCAGCCUUCGGGAGCUGCUUCGCUGUUCCAAGAGCCGGGCCAAGGUUGCGUUCCACGGCUGUCAGGGUCAGCAGCGAGCAGGAGGCGGCGGCGGCCGUCAGGGCACCGUCAGGGAGGUCCAUCGAGGAGUGCGAGGCCGACGCCGUCGCUGGGAAAUUCCCUGCUCCCCCGCCCUUGGUUAGACCAAAGGCUCCUGAAGGAACACCGGAGAUCAGGCCCCUUGACAUGACAAAGCGUCCUCGUCGCAACAGGAAGUCGCCUGCUCUUAGGGCUGCAUUCCAGGAGACGAGCAUCUCACCUGCCAAUUUUGUGCUCCCAUUGUUUAUCCAUGAAGGAGAAGAUGAUGCUCCUAUUGGAGCUAUGCCAGGGUGCUAUAGGCUUGGGUGGAGACAUGGACUUCUUGAUGAGGUUUACAAGGCACGCGAUGUUGGUGUUAACAGUUUCGUUCUAUUUCCAAAAGUUCCCGAUGCAUUGAAGACUCCAACAGGAGAUGAAGCAUAUAAUGAUAAUGGUCUGGUUCCACGUACAAUCCGCUUGCUUAAAGACAAAUUCCCUGAUAUUGUUAUCUACACGGAUGUUGCAUUAGAUCCUUAUUCGUCUGAUGGCCAUGAUGGUAUUGUGAGAGAAGAUGGAGUAAUUAUGAAUGAUGAAACAGUUUAUCAGUUGUGCAAGCAAGCUGUUUCACAGGCCCGUGCUGGUGCUGAUGUUGUCAGCCCUAGUGACAUGAUGGAUGGCCGUGUUGGAGCACUUCGUGCUGCUCUUGAUGCUGAGGGUUUCCAUGAUGUUUCCAUUAUGUCCUACACGGCGAAGUAUGCCAGUUCAUUUUAUGGCCCAUUCAGAGAAGCUUUAGAUUCAAAUCCAAGAUUUGGAGACAAGAAGACUUAUCAGAUGAACCCAGCCAACUACAGAGAAGCCCUCAUAGAAACUGCAGCAGAUGAGGCAGAAGGAGCUGACAUUCUUCUAGUCAAACCAGGAUUACCAUACUUGGAUGUCAUCCGACUUCUUCGGGAUAAUUCAGCGCUGCCGAUUGCUGCUUACCAGGUUUCGGGCGAGUACUCGAUGAUCAAAGCCGGCGGGGCGCUGGGCAUGAUCGACGAGCAGAAGGUGAUGAUGGAGUCGCUCAUGUGCCUGCGGCGUGCCGGCGCUGACAUCAUCCUGACCUACUUCGCCCGUCAGGCCGCGGGCGUCCUGUGCGGCAUGGGAUCCAAGUAGGUCAACCCUGAAGAAACCCUGAAGUAGGUCACGCGACGUGAUGAGUUUUGAGUUCAGGCUUGUCCUGCAGCCGCGCCAGUUGGUUGCCAGUAGCAGCUUGCAAAUAUCGGGCAUGUUUGGUUGUAUAUCUCAAGCGUUAAAAAUUGCCAUACAUUUUCUGCCACACCUGUCCGCCACACCUGGCUAAGGUUAGACCCUGAAAUUCUGCGCCACACCUUAGCACGCUUAAGAGAAUCUUGCCACGUUUUUACAGGUCAUUGACGAGUGAGACAUAGAAAAAUCUUGCCACAAAUGUAGAUACAAACUAAAUGUACGUCUAAUUCGGUCAAACCUGUCUAACCUUAGGCGUGGCAAACUGUAGCAAUUGAGGCAGCGAACCAAA